ACCUGGGGGGUUUUCCCUGGCAUGGAGAUCAUACAACCCACGGUCGUCGACCCUGACGAGGCCUUCAUGUUGUGGGGGACCCACUGGGCCAGUCUCUACAGCCCCGAGUCCACCUCCCACCACAUCAUCUCUCACAUCCAGAACACCUACUACCUCGUCAACCUCGUCGAUAAUGACUUUGUCACUGGAAACGUCCUCUUU